AUGCAAAAACCCUGCAAAGAAAAUGAAGGAAAGCCCCAGUGCAGCGCGCCAAAGAGAGAGGAAGAGCGCCCUCAUGGAGACUUGGAACGCCCGCAAACAGAAGGGAAUUUCAGGCAAAGACUGCUCCAGUCGCUCGAGGAAUUUAAAGAGGACAUAGACUAUCGGCAUUUUACGGAUGAAGAAAUGGCAAAAGAAGGAGAUGAGAUGGAGAGGUGUUUAGAAGAGAUACGGGGUUUGAGAAAGAAAUUCAGGGCCCUGCAUUCUAACCAUAGGCAUGCUGGGGAUCGUCCUCCUCCCAUUUAA